UUUAUCUUCAAGAAGUGGCGCUUCAAAAAGCUCUUUCUUCAAUCUCUGAGUGAGAGAGAGAGAGUCAGCGAGGAUGGAGCUUUGCGUUAUCAGCUCGAUUAAUCCUGUUCAUUCAUCUUCAACACGACGUCUUGGUUCUCGUCGUCUCUUCCAAUCCGACAGCUUGUUCCUCUCUCGUGAUGGUUGCUCUCUGCUAAGAUUCCACGGUAGGCUUAAGAAACCAAUCAAGCCCUUGGAGCUUUCUUGUGCCGCCAAGAAAAUUGGCAGCGGCGGUGGAGGAGUCCGGCGAUCAGCGGCUUCAACCAAGGCCGCUCCGGCGGUUGAACCGAGCGUAAAGGAAGACAAGCUUCCCGCUGAGCUUCAGGUCAAGGAGACUCAAGCGCCGAAUUCAAGUGUGAAACUGAGUGUGGAAGUUCCAGCAGUUGUCUGUGAAGAUUGUUACCAGAGAGUCCUUACCGAGUUCAUGAAAAUGGCAAAGGUUCCUGGGUUCCGUCCUGGGAAGAGAGUUCCAGAGAAUAUCAUUGUCGGUUUCGUUGGGAGGCCAUACGUUUUGAGAGCUACUGUUGAAUCUAUCUUGAAAAGAACACUUCCUCACGCCAUGGAGUCUGUGACUGGAAAGGCUUUAAAAGACUCUAUACAGAUAGUAAGCAGCUUUCCGGAGAUGGAGAAGGCUUAUUCUCAGCUCAGGACUCUUAGUUACGAGGUGGUUGUUGAUGUGGUGCCUGAGCUGAAAUGGAAUCCUGAGAAUGGGUAUAAAGAUAUGAAGGUCGUUGUUGAACUAGGCGAUGAGAUAGACGCAAAGAAAGCUUGUGAAAGACAGCUUAGACAGAAGUACAAGUCCCUUGGCGCAUUGAAGAUUGUCACUGACCGAGGUCUACAGGUGGGAGAUCUUGCAGUCAUUGAUAUAUCUGCUACAACUAUAGACGAGGAUGGGUCAACGGGUGAAGCUAUUCCAGAUGCUGAAAGCAAAGGUUUUCAUUUUGACACGGAAGAAGGGAACAGAUUGCUUCCUGGAUUCCUUGAUUCAAUCUUAGGAAUCCGAGCUGGCGAGUCAAAGUCAUUCUCGCUUGUGUUUCCUGAAUCAUGGAAGCAAGAAAGUCUCCGUGGCCAGCGUGCUCAGUUCACUGUGAGUUCUUCUCCAUAUAUACAAGACAUGCAGAUAAAGGUGAUAGCAUACUUGGAUAAGCUAAACCUUGUCUGGUUUCUUCAGGUUGAUUGUAAGGAACUAUUCUACAGAGAUUUACCAACUUUAGAUGAUUCACUUGCUGAUAAGUUGCUUCCCGGAUGCACCACCCUGAAGGAGGUCGAAGAAACUCUGACUAAAAGAUGCCAAGAGAUGGAGGAGGAAGCCAAGGAGCAAGCAACAGACAACGCCAUCCUUGAACAGAUACGAAAGAUGGUUGAAGUAGAGAUUCCUCAAUCUUUAUUUGAGGAACAAGGAAGACAGUUUUAUGGAGCUAGGCUUCUAGAGAUUCAGGGUAACAUGAAACUCACAGAAGAUCAGUUGGCUUCUCUUUCAAGUCAAAAAUCAGUAAAUGAGUUUCUAGAAACUCAAAGAGAGAGCAUUACCAACAUAAUCAAGCAGAAUCUAGCUGUUGGAGAUAUCUUCAAGCGUGAAAACUUAGAGUUCUCAACAGAUGAAUUAGUUAAAGAAGUGGAGAACUCGGUCACAGAGUUCAAGAAACAUAAACAAGAGUACGAUGAGGAACGUGUGAAAGAUCAGGUACAAGAGAUUUUAGAAGGAGCAAAAGUGCUAGAAUGGUUGAAAGAACGAGCUGAAAUUCAAUACAUUACCCGUUGAUUAGCAUAUGUUAUGUAAUGUAUGUAUGAUCUGCAUAUUCUAUUUUUCGCGAGCAUUUUUUUUUGUUUUGAAUUAUGAUUAUUUUGUCAUGAGAAGAGACCUUUUUACUGUUUUCGAUGAUUGUUUGUAAGACUAUCAUUCACAAUAAAUUAUUCUGAAUAUAAA